CUUGUCUAUGACAAAUCUUACGAAGGCGAGCUUUUCGGAUAACAAUUCAACGUUUAUUAUACUUUGCUCAAUAUUUAAAAGCUAAAAAAGAAGAAACGUACAAGCAUUUAGUUUUAAAAGGUGUUGACAAAAUUAUAGUUCAAGAUGGCAGUGAAUGUGUACUCAACAAAUGUGACAUCGGAAAACCUAUCAAGACAUGAUAUGUUAGCGUGGGUGAACGACUGUCUCCAAUCGAACUUUGCUAAAAUCGAAGAAUUGUGCACCGGUGCCGCGUACUGUCAGUUCAUGGACAUGUUGUUUCCCGGUAGUGUUCCUAUGAAGCGUAUCAAAUUCAAGACGAACUUAGAACAUGAGUAUAUACAAAAUUUCAAAAUACUACAGGCUGCUUUCAAAAAAAUGUCUGUCGAUAAGAUAGUACCCAUUGACAGACUGGUGAAGGGUCGGUUCCAAGAUAACUUUGAAUUCUUGCAAUGGUUCAAGAAGUUUUUCGAUGCUAACUACGGCGGCACGGAGUAUGACGCAAUGGCGCAGCGCGAGGGCCUCCCCAUGGGGCACGGGGCCGCCGGCGCGGUCCCCCGGGCUGCGCCCCCUUCCGUUAAGAAACCGGCGGCGCCCGUCGCUAAAGUCGCCGCUAGACCCCAAACCAUUGGUAAGGCUAAUAGCACAGUGAGAUCACCGCCAGUCAACUUAUCUAGAAUAAAUCAAACUGGUAAAGGUGACUCCAAAAUAAUUGAUGAACUUAACCACCAGAUUAAUGAAUUAAAAGCAACAGUUGAUGGUCUUGAAAAAGAAAGGGACUUCUACUUCGGCAAACUUCGAGAUAUAGAGGUGAUCUGUCAAGAGAUGGAUGAACAACAAAACGCUCCAAUAGUUCAGAAGAUUUUGGACAUUUUAUAUGCAACUGAGGAUGGUUUUGCGCCCCCAGAGGAAAUGGAUGGAGACAACCCCCAUCCUCCUGAAGAAGACGAAUAUUGAAUGUAUAAUAUCUAUGCGUAUCAUAGUGCUCUUUGUAUAUUAUAAACUCGAAAUUAUAUCGCUUACAAUCAUCGAUAGCAGAGUGCUUUGUAUUUCACAGCCAAUGAGUCGUAACAGUGUUAUAGUUAAUAAAUUACCAUAGGACAGGUCUUGUGGUCUCAUGAAGUUCCUAACUUUACAUGUAUGUUUGGAAUUUAUCGAAUGACUACCGGUGAUUCAAUGUUGCACAUAGAUUUGAAUAUUUUUAUCCCAGUGUAUAUAUGUAAGUGGACUUCAAUGCAGUAAUGUACACAUGGCUGUGUCAUACACAAGUGCUUUCUUUUAUUUUUUAGGAGCAUAUUUUCUUGACUGAACUUCUAUUUUAUCUUAUUUUGUUUCGGUAGAAUCAAUAAUUUGAAACAAAGAGUUAUUUGUAUGAAGGAUAGUUUUUUAACGUGCAAUGUGGUGCAGAAAGUGUGCUUAUAUGUAUUGUCUUAAAACUGAUCAUUUAUUUGGGCCCCCGAUGCCUGUUUUAACGUGCAUUUAAUAGAUUGUUAUAAAUGGAAGAGAUUUACUGUUACUUGUUUAAUUGUGUUAUAACGAAAUUUACAGUAAUUAAAUUUGAUCAUAAAAUUACUCAUAUAUUAUACAACUCGUAGAGGAAAGGCGAAUUAGAUCUGAAAACAUUUGAGGUACCUUUAUUGACGAAUACUAAAAUUAAUAGUUGACUUGUUCCGAAACUAGUACCUACGUAAAUUAUAGCUUACGCAAUAUUUACAUGACUACGUUUUAGUUUAAUCGAAUAGGAGACUACCACAUUCGUGCACUAAUAGUAAUUAAUAAUAGAAAAUAUGUCAAUGAUCAGAAUGACUUGUUAAUAGGUUAGGAAGUAUCAUUGCAAUACGUUGCGAUACUGAGUACUGACGACUUGUUGGCGGGGGAGAUGUUAUCGCUGGUUAAAUUUAUAGAUUAUUAAUUUAUUUACUUCAGAAGCAUACAUAAAAUGCCUUAACUGCAAAUAUUAAAUCAUAAUUAUAAAAUAGCCUCUGGAUUUCAGAUUGUGGAAGUCUUAUCAAUAAAUAACUACAUUAAUA